UUUCUCAGUUCAAACAACAGCUGGUAGGCAGGGAGGGGACAGAGAUCCGGACGGCAGGUGGGACCUCAAGUGGGACCGCUGAUGGAACGGCAGGGCCGAACAAUGCAGCGGCGGUGGUCGAAGGAGGCCGGAAAAAAGGGUACAAAGGAACACACCAGAGGGAGCGCACAGGCAGCACGGCGCGCCAAGGGGGCGCCCUCGACGGAACCCCUCGAGCCGCGCUGGUCCUUGACGCAGGAGAGCUUGGCCGCUAUGUCCCCCGCACAGCGCCACCGCCACCUGCUCUUUGGCGACCUGCAGCACGACGUGGGCCUGGCCCCCUCCAUCUUCCCCCGCGAGUCGGUGGAGGUGACACACCGUAUGCCUGACCCGCGCGCCUGGACACAGCCGCUCGAGCCGCCCGGAGAGCCUCAGGACCGGCUCAUCGGCGUCCUCAAGGCGGCAGAGGCCCGCGGACGCGUCCGCGCGCUGCGGCUGCGCUACAACCGGCUUCGGACCGAGGAGAUCCUACUGCUCAUCCAGCACCAGCGGUCUGCGCGCGCCGCCAUGCGGCUCGAGGUGUUCCUGCCGCCGCAGCUGAAGCCCACGCGGAUCCCGGACCCGCUGCACCGGCAGGAGGUGCCCGUGAGCCCAGGGGAAGGCGAAGGGGGCCCCACCCGUCUGCACAUGCGACCCCAACCUCUGUCCCCACAGCGGCGGCGCGUGGAGACCAUCCUGGAGGACAGGGCCGAGGGCGGCAACUUCCUGCGGUGACCCCUUCGCACACCCCGCAUGUAAAGUUUUCUUCUUCG